AUGAAUAUACAUAAUCAAUAUCACUGGAUAAGAUUCACAAAUUUGAAGCCAGUUUAUAAUCCUCGAAAGCUUGACGACUCAGUUUUCUCGGAAAAUGACUUUCGACACAGUUAUACGUUUUACCAUCAUGCUCAUGACCAUUUGUACCAAUUAUGUUGUGGUUCACUUUCAAUUCUAAUCAAUCAGAACCAUUGUAAUGGAAAAAUCAAAAAAUUGUUUGAGAAACCUUUUAUUCACUAUUCGAAUCACUGUGAAACUGUUGUUGUAGACUACAGCUCCCCAAAUAUUGCUAAACCAUUUCACCUGGGGCAUUUCCGAGCUACUGUAACAGGAAAUUUUGUUAAAAACAUCAAUGAAGCUUUUGGAAAUAAAGUAAUUGGAAUAAAUUACAUUGGUGAUUGGGGUACUCAAUUCGAUAUCUUAGCAUCGGGAUUUUCAAAAUAUGGGGAUCAGGUUGAAUUGCGAAGAAAUCCCAUUGAACAUUUAUAUAAAGUCUAUGUACAAGUGAAUCGUGAUAUUCAGUCAUCAAAUAAGAAAAAUCUACCAUAUGGAAUUGAUCAUGGAGAUCAAUCAGUUAACUUUUUCAAACCGAUACUCAAUAAUACAACUGAAAUACAAUCUCGUGAUACUGAAUUCUGGCGAUAUAUUCGUGAAGUAACUUGUGAACAGUUGCAAUCAAAUUACCAGCGUAUGAAUAUUCAAUUUACAAGUUACGAAUAUGAAUCCGAUUAUGUGGAGAAGGCUUAUGCACUUGCUAACAUGUUACUAGCCAAUGGGUUAGCUUACAAAAGUUCUGAUGGACUGACUUGUAUGUCGACAGCAAACAAUAAUGAUGUGAAUUUUUCGAAUCAAAAUAUUAUUCUAUUAAAAAGUGAUAAGUCAACUUUAUAUUUAACCAGGGAUAUAGCGGCGGCAAUUUCUCGUUACGAAAAAUACCAUUUCGAUAGGAUACAUUAUGUGGUUGAAAUCGGACAGCGUUUACACUUUCAACAACUCAACUAUGUUCUCCUAAAAAUGGGUUAUAAUUGGCCAGUUUUAUCUAUGGUCGGUGAUGAUGGUGAUGAUAAUACUGAUAAUGAUCAGUGUAGUCAAUGUGCUCGUAAUCUUUUACAUAUUCCAUUCGGUCGAAUUAUGGGAAUGAGUACUAGAAAAGGUGAAGGUUUAUUUCUAUUGGAUAUUUUAAAUAAUGCUCAACAAUUUAUGUUGAAUCGAAUGAAAUCUUCCCAAAAUACACGAAUAACCCAAAAUGAAUCAGUUAAUCCACCAUUGUUAUGUCAAAAUGAAAUAGCUGAUCAUUUAGGUGUAACAUGUUUGGUAACAACAAUGUUUGCUUAUCCACGUCAAAAACCAAUUAAUUUACAGACAUUCCUUGGUUUACCAGUGACAUCAUCAUCAACAACAAUGAAAAAUAGUCAUUUGUUGAAAUCGUCAGCUGUAAGUGAAUUAUGCGGAUUAACUCUACAAUAUUGUCAUGCAAGACUAUGCAGCCUAGAAUCUCGUUCAAUUUCAUCCGGUCUAUUCCCAUUCAAGGUUAAUAGCAGUGAUCCAACAUCAAUUGUGUUUGACAUGGAUCAACUUAUUCAUGAAUUUGAUCAAUUUAAAGAAUGGCCUUCAACAACAAUUAAUGAAAAAUCUUUUGUAAAAUUGGCUGAUCAGUUGUGCAGAUUUUCUACUGUGCUUCGUACUGCUUAUUCAAAAUACGAGCCACAUUACGUACUACAAUAUGCAUUACAACUUACCUCUGAUGUAAACUCAGCUUGGAAGCAUUUACCAGUUUUGGCAUGCACAACUAAAGAAGAUCAACUAAUACGUCUAUUCAUCUUUCUAGCGUCUAGAAAUGUACUCGCCUCAUGUUUACGUUUAAUGGGAAUCAAACCGUUGAAUGCGAUAUAA